AUGCCCUUUCUUUUCUCCCAUGUCUGCGACCUCCUCCAGCAGGCGGCCGAUCUUCCGCUUGUUCGCCGUGUCCAGCCUGAUUCUGUCCAAAAACUGAUCCGCGACUGGUUUAACCAGCACCGGCCUGCCAUCGAUGCACUGAUCCAUGACAGCAGUGCCGGUGCCGUCGACGGUGCAGCCUCUGCUGCUGCUAUUCUCUCGGCCCUCUUGCCCGACCAUCGCACAGACCGCGUCUAUGGCAUCCAGGCCAAGUCUCUCCAGCGCAUUAUCGCCCGGGCUCUUGGCCUUGGCCAUUCCAGAAUUGCCGAGUUGGCUCGCUGGACCCGACCUCCCGUCGACGGCGAUGCCGUUGACCUUGCCGACUGUGUUGAGUGCAUCCUGCGCCGGACGCCCAACUCACUCGAUGGCCCGUCUGUCUAUAUCGAGGACAUUGAUGCCAUCCUGAACGGCCUUGCUGCUAAUUGUCGAUUCAGCUCGCCGGCCAUCCGACAAAUUAGCCAAGCUCCCGCUUCCAGGGACUCCGCAGUUGUACCUUCAGCUUUCUCUAUUGCCAAUGCCGCAGACUCGAACAAAUCUGUGCUGAUGCGUGACCGUGUUCUUGGCCACCUCUAUCGCCGUCUUAGCGCUCGCGAUGCCAAAUGGCUGACGCGCCUUAUACUCAAGGACUACCGCCCCAUCGUGCUAGAUCAGGCGACCGUCUUCCGUGCCUUUCAUCCGGCUUUCCCCUUGGCGCUGCGCGUUCACAGCGACUUUGUCACGGCCAUGCAGUCGCUCGGUCAGGGCGAUACGGAAGGUCAAGAGCAACAAGAAGGAAAACCGGUGUCUCAAAGCGGAGCAAGUUCUGGCUUCUCCGGUUGCUUGGCCACUCAGCCAAAAGUUUCCCGAGCUUAUUCUCAUUGUCCCCGACUUGGUGUCAAGGUCGGCCGACAGCCAUGGGCCAAGGCCCGCAGCAUCAAGCAUUGCCUGGCCAUGGGAAAGGGGCGACGCAUGAGCUGCGAGCGGAAGCUGGAUGGUGAGUAUGUGCAGGUCCACGUCGAUCUUAGCAAGGGCCGGAAGAACUGCUUGCAGCUCUUUUCGAAGAGCGGCAAGGACAGUACGCGGGACCGCUUCCGAGUCCACAACUGCAUUCGGGCAUCGUUAAGGAUCGACGAGGACGACUGCCCCCUUAGCACCGGUUGCAUCCUCGAGGGAGAGAUGUUGGCGUUUAGUGAAAAGAAAGAGACUUGUCAUGCGGAGCGCUUCCGCCGCUUACAAGAGCUCAUCAUCUGUCGGCCGGGUUACGCGGAGCUUGUCUACCGCGAAGUCAUCGACUUUGGUAGCCGGGCGGCUGCGGAAAAACUACGGCAAUCCUUCUCCAGCUGUAUCUCGGCGCACCAUGAGGGUCUUGUGCUGAAGGCAGAGAGCGAUACGUACUUUGACUUCUCGCCACCAGGAUCCGGUCCACUAGAGUGGCCAUAUAUGCGCUGCUACGCCAUCAAGCUCAAGAAGGGAUAUGUCGGGCAGUUCGGCGAGUUCCACUUUGAUCGCACGUAUAUGGAUGUCAUCACAUUCGAUGAUCUGCAAACUGUGGCCAGGGACGAAUCGCUGAGGAAGCCCGAGGUAGAAACGGAUGGAGAAUUACAGGAAGACGAUCUUAUCAGCCAUCAUGAUUUCGCCGAGACUGGUCACGAAAACGGGGAAGAGAGGACCCAUUGGGCCACGCAACUCAAACACACAGAUUCCGGGGGGAUAGCUGUCGAUGCCGACACAAGCCAGUCAUCGGCAGUGGAUACGGCGUCGACAACUAGCGAGGCAGCAAGCCGAUUACCCGAUCAGAUUGCCAUUCCCAUCGUCGUUCGCAAGGGCUGCAUCGGACGAAAGGGAGAGCUCGGAGCAACUAUCACUCCCAUUGCUGCCAUCAUCACCGAAACCGUCGGCCGAGCAUCUGCCAUCUCCUUCGCCGCUGCUGAAUUUGUCGGCGCCGCCUGCCAAAUCAUUGGAUUUGCCCAGUCAACACCACGGGGUCGUCCAUGA